CGAGGAGUCGCGUAAGAACCAUGCUUGCUUUCUCUCUCUCCGCGCGCGCGGCUGUCGCCACCCGCGUCGCCACUCCGGCGACGCAGAGGCGUGCCACCCCCUCCACCCAGGUCGUGGCCAAGGUCACCCCCAAGGAGGCUCGUCGCCAGAAGCGCCACACGAAGAUUCGCUCCAAGGUUUCCGGCACCGCGGACCGCCCCCGCAUCUCCGUCUACCGCUCCAACCAGCACACCUACGUGCAGGUCAUCGACGACGAGAACCAGACCACCCUGUGCGCCGUGGGCACCAUGUCCCCCAAGAUCAAGGAGAUCGUGGGCACCGAGGAGUGGAAGACCAAGACUGUGGAUGCGGCUCGCGAGGUUGGCAAGGCGGUGGGCGCCAUGUGCGUCGAGAAGGGUAUCAAGACGGCGGUGUUCGAUCGCGGCGGGUUCGUGUACCACGGGCGCGUCAAGGCGGUCGCGGAGGCGGCGCGCGAGGCGGGCGUGGAGUUUUGAGCGAGCGGCUAUAGGCGAGGCGUGGAUACCAAGGAUUCGAGCGACUCGGCGACUUUUUCGGACAAACGAACGGAGCGUCGCCUCGAGGAUGGCCGGACUAGCCGGCCGUCGAGGAGGACGGGGAGGUUGCCGCGAGCGCCGAUGCGUGGCGAUCACGCAGAGCGUGUCAUACAUUCUUUCGCGUAUCUAUCUUUAGGCUGUUGAUAUACAAUCAAAGUACCAAGCAA